AAGAGGCAGAAAAUAAAACGAAAAAACAAAUCGAUCGAGAUUAAAGACCAAAGUGAAUUUAUUUCGCUUUUAAGUGUCACAUUUUUUAAAAUAAGUUUAACCGCGCAUGCGUAAUAUAUAAAUUUUAAGAUGGCGGAAUAUGUGUUCAAAGUGCAGCGAUUCGUCAGUUGCACAGCUGAUACUAAAGUGACGUCAGUAAAACAAAGCCAUGCGCGGUCGAUCGCAACCGUGAAAUAAACCGAACAGACCGAACUGUCUAGUAAGCAAACAUUGAGCGUUCGUAGUUCGGUGAGGUGCGUUCCUUAAUAUUUUUUUUAUUGUUAAUACCGAAGAUUACUGGUGGUUUACGUACGUAAGCAAAGCAAAUAUCUCGUGCAAUUACUUUGUGAACGAUGCCAUUCAUAUCAAAAGAUUGGCGCAGUCCUGGUGAAGAAUGGGUAAAAACUGUCGAAGGUUGGGAAAAGAAGAAAAUCCUCGAAUGCGCCAACAAUAAAACACUUUCUCUUUUACUUCGUGGCGAUAAGGAUGUGCUCGACAAAAAGGAGAAGGAUAAAAAGAAAGAAAAUGUCAUCCAGCCGCAUUGCCGCAUUACGCUGAAAUGCACCCGUGAGGUGAGUGACUUGUUCCAUCCAUGUUUAUAUUUAACCUUAACCUCGUAAAAAAAGAGCAGAAAUGAGCUUUGGUCGUUAAGAAAGAUUUGAAGGAAAUGAAGAAGAAAAAGGAGAGACGAAAGGAGAACUAUGAAAAAAAGGGAUAAAGGUAGAAACGAUACGAAAACAAAGAAGAAGAAAAUAAAGAAGAACAAAAUUCGGGUUUGGAAUUCUAUUUGAUUCCAAAUAAUAUAUGUAUUGUUAAGGUGCGUCUUCAUUGCAUUGGCAUACGCUAUACGCCAAUCGACAAGGCUGCUCAGUAGCACCACAGAUGAGCUAUAUGGAUUGACCUAACAUGCAAUACAUUUUUUUGUCACACGCUCGUGGAGGGCUCCAUUUCGCGUCGCAUUCUGCCCUACCGAUUUAGGCAAGUUUUGCACUGCAGCGCUACUAGUAAUGAGAAUUAAAAUCGAAAAAUAUGAACAAUGUUACCACAUCUGCACUGAGAAUUAUUUAUUGAAUUAAACGUGGUGACAUUUCGUCAAUAAAAGAAUAGGUUAUUUUAAGUAGCAAUUGAUAAAAAUUC